UACCCUUAGCUACAAUAUACAUUCCCUAUCAACUGAAUCCAGAAACCACAGGGCAACAAGCCAUCAGAUAUAGAUACUUUGACUAUCACUUCUAUCAAUAAACAACAAACAAAAUGGGCCUAUUCGCUAAAAUCGCCGCCUUUGCUGCUGCUUCGGCUACUCUGGUUAGCGCCAACUCGUUCACAUUCGUCAACCAGGACGGCGCCACCCGCCACAUCGCCUUUACCCCGGCUGCAGGACAAGCAGCUAUCGCUCCCAUUACGAUUGGAGGAAACGGCCAGGCUAGAGUGGACUUCCCCCAGGGAUGGAUCGGCAAUGCUUACGCUUUCAACGAGGGUGCCCCUGACGUCCCGGGCAUGCUCGCCGAGGUUGCUUUCAACGGCUGGAACGGCUUGACAUACUUUGACGUCUCGGCCAUCGUGAACCCUAACGACGUUAACGGUGUCAAGGAAAUGUACCCGGCUAGUCAAAUGCAAGCCGCGUCCAAGGUUGCCGUAUCCGGGUGCCAAGUGUUCCCUUGCGGCAGCGCUUACUACCACCCUGACGACGUCCAGACCGUCACGACCCUAGAGACGGACCUUAUCGUUACCCUCGGCGGUGGCGCCCCCGCCCGCCGUGACGUUGAGGCCAUGGUGGUCCCGCGUAACUACGUUCUCGGCAAGCUCUCUGCGUAAGCGGAGCCUUAUCCUGCCUUGAAGGCGUUGUGCGCUGGGCGCUCGGAAACGAUGACACGACUUUACUUCUACUAGCAUUACCCAUCCUUUACAACCGCCAACCCGCCGCGAGCCUAGGUGCUCUGCGCAACAUUCACGACCUCGAGGGAUCGUGCUGGUAAAAAUAUUACUUCCCCGGCGGAGUAGAAGAUGGC